AUGAACACCAUCGCUCCUCCUCCACAGCUCAAGAAGCUUCCUCCCGGAAAACGCGUCCUCGGCAUCGCGCUGGGGCUCGCUGGCGCCGGCGCAACCAACCUCGUCCUGGGCUACGCAGGCUUCUCCUUCUACACGCGCGGCACUACUUUCGUACCAUACGACACCACCCACGACGACCUCGCGACGCCUGUGUUCAAGAAGCACAACCCCUCAGGGAACCCGCCUGUCUGCAUCGACCAUGCCGUGAAGACAAUCCCGCUGGCGAAGCUCAAGGAGACGGAUCAAAGUAAACUGACCACCAACUUCUGCAGAGGCGUGUGGAGCGGCCUGGGCUACGCAUACCAGAGGAGAUAUCUAGAGAAGAAGUAUCGCGCGCUGGAGAACCGCGAGGACCAUCUUUGGGACCGGAGACAGCUGGCUGAAAGCGAGUAUGCGAUAGGGACGAAGAUCACUGACCACUUCGAGGUGGUGGAACAUACGCCGGAGAAGGUGAUCGUGCGAUGCGGCGAUUCUCCGCUGAACAAAGACCACCGGCCGAGCGACGGCCUGUUCUCGAUGGAGGUCACCACCGACGAGGACAAGCAGACUGCGACAUUCCACUUGAAGAGCGUGUUUGUGAAUACCACACCCGACGGCAAGGAUGCUGAGCCAUUGCCGUGGAAGUUCCAGUUUGCGCAUAAGCUGUAUACAAAGUUAUGGAUGGAGACGGCCACAAGAAAGUUGUUGAAGUAG